AUGCCCAAGACGCAGCCCAACCUCUUCGCCUUCCCGGCCGUCGAUGACGUGGCGGCCGCCCUGCGAUCCUACAUCCUCCAGAGCCAGGCGGCCGGCAUCACGCGCCACGGCUCCUUCAAGGUGGCCGUCUCGGGCGGCUCCCUCCCCAAGACGCUCGCGGCGGCGCUGCUCGCACAGCCGAGCUCGGAGAGGAACGCGCACGGGGUGAUUGACUUCUCCAAGUGGGAAAUCUUCUUCGCCGACGAGCGUGCCGUGCCCCUCGACGACGCAGACUCCAACUACGCCCUGCUCAAGGCCGAGCUGCUCGACAAGAUCCCCGCCGACCAGGGCAAGCCGACGGUGCACACGCUCGACGCCGCCCACCUCGACGACAUCCAGGAGCUCGCCGACCAGUACGAGCACACGCUCGUCUCGAGCUUCGCGAGCCGCGACUCGGUGCGCCUUCCCAUCUUCGACCUCCUGCUACUCGGCUGCGGGCCCGACGGCCACACCUGCUCCCUCUUCCCCGGCCAUCCCUUGCUGCGCGAGACGAGCGCGUGGGUGGCGCCCAUCGAAGACUCGCCCAAGCCGCCGCGCCGCCGCAUCACCCUCACCAUGCCCGUCAUCACCCACGCCGUCCGCAUCGCCUUUGUCGCCACGGGCGCGAGCAAGAAGGACGUCAUGAAGCAGAUCUUCGACACGCCCGACGGCCUGCCCUGCGCCCUCGUCAACGAGGCCGCCGGCGACCGCUGCAGCUGGUUCGUCGACGAGGCCGCCGUCGAGGGUGUGAGCUUCCCCCGCCGGGCCUUCCUGUAG